AAAAGAUAUUAAUUAAUAAUAAAUGGAUUAGACGAAGGAACAGAUCUAAGAAUACUUUAAUGCUUUUGAUAAGGAUGGAAGUGGUUUCAUAGAUAAGGAAGAAAUUAAGGAAUUGGCAAAAAAUGUAGGACUUGAUUGGAGUGAUCAUAAGUUGGAGAAAGUGAUACUUUAUAAUAUUAUAGAUUAUUUCAGCUCUUGAUACAAAUGGAGAUGGAAAGAUUUCAUUUGAAGAAUUUUACGAAUACUUUUUAUAUGGUGAAUAGAAAGACAUGGAUAAAUUGAUGGAGAUGAAGUUUUAACAUAUAAAAAAUGUUAAAACUCUUCAAAAAUAAAUAAGUUAAGAUUAUGGUAUGAUAAUUUAAUUUAUAAUCCUAGCACACAUCCUUAACAAGAAUAAAGAAGAAGGAAAACAAUAAUAUUCUGUAUCCUUGAAUGUUGGAGAUAAAUCUAAUUUAAUUUACUCUGUAGAAUUAGCACUUAGGAUUGGUGAAGAGAAUGUGAACUUUUCAGAGUCUCUUCUGAAAUUCUUCGAAAAAUUAGAUGAUAAUGUAGAAUAUCUUUCUAAUUUAGACUAUUUAAUUAGUUAUUAGAUACUAAUGUUAUAAUCCUGAGGCAGUGAAAGAAAAGUUUGAAGAACUUUUCGAAGGAUUAAUUGAAGUUGGUCUGAAUAUGUUGCCUCCUUAAAUCUAUGAGUAUUUCAUGCUAUUCAGAAAUGAUUUAAAAAUCGAAUACGCCAUGCCACCAGAGGAAUUAUUGAUACGAAUCUAUUUGGAUAAUUAAAUUAUAGAUUAACUUUUUUUAGUUUAUAGAUAACUAUCAGGAAUGUUCAUUUAGGAGGAUACUUCAAUAUUAGCCAGAUUGAAGAUUUGUAAAAGAUUUAUAGAUAAUUAGAAACUGUUGAAAAGCUUGGAGGUUCCGAUGCGGAUCUACUAAAUAAGUUUGGCAGAGGACUUUAAGCUGACUUUGAUGUCACAACUUCAAGCUAUCUUGUAAAAUUGUUUUAUUUAUCAUGACAGGUCGAAUAUGCCAGAUAAAUUUAUUCUACUCUUUUGGAAAAAUAUCAUGGCACUUAAAAGAUGAAGUUGUUAGAACAUCUAACACCAUUCACUAUGAUUAACAACGCUAGAUUAAAAUUCCAUUUCGAGACAUUUUAAGAUUUUGUCGAGGAAUUAGCUUCUCCUUUUUUAUAUCAUUUCCAGUCAUAAAUGAUGAUAAAUGCAGUUAAAAAAAAAACAGAUAAUGAUUACGCUGAAAGGAUUGAAUAAUUACCAUUUGCUAAUAGUCUCACAGAAUUGUUAAAAUCAGAAAAAAGAGGUAUAAUAAAUAUCUAAAAUCAAGGACCAAUUGAUUUUUCACUUAUAUCGAAAGAAGCCUCAAUAACCCUUACAGAUGCAUCUAAGGUGGUUUGAUUAAUAUAAAUUGUAAAAAUCAAG